UUUAAAUCGAGUUAGCGCUGCCUGCUGGUGGUUGCAGCAAGCUGUAAACGAAGACCGGCAGAUGGUGACCUUUUCGUGUCGGGAAGGGCAUGCAGCUGACUGAAUAUUGUAAUCCGGAAAACAAAUUUGGUUAACCUAGCCUACGUGUACAGAACAACACAACAAUGUCUUCAAGUUUGGAGAUACCUGAUGAUGAGAAGGGCUAUGACUUGGAUCUGUUCUGUAUACCUAAACACUAUGAAAAUGAUUUAGAACGAGUCUUUAUUCCUCAUGGGCUUAUCAUGGACAGGACUGAGCGUUUGGCCAGAGAUAUCAUGCGUGACUUGGGGGAACAUCAUAUUGUGGCUCUGUGUGUGCUGAAAGGAGGAUAUAAAUUCUUUGCAGACCUGCUAGAUUACAUCAAGGCGUUAAAUCGAAACAGCGAUAAAUCUGUGCCAUUGACCGUGGAUUUCAUUAGACUAAAAAGCUACAGCAAUGAUGAGUGCACAAACAGUGUUAAAGUUAUCGGAGGAGAUGAACUGUCUGCACUGAGUGGUAAAAAUGUCUUAAUAGUUGAGGACAUUGUGGAGACUGGCAAAACCAUGCAGACACUACUAUCUAUUUUAAAUGGUUACAACCCAAAGAUGGUCAAAGUAGUAAGCCUUCUGGUCAAAAGAACUCCAAGAAGCUCAGGCUACAGACCAGACUAUAUAGGGUUUGAAAUUCCUGAUAAAUUUGUAGUGGGAUAUGCCCUGGAUUACAAUGAAUAUUUCAGGGACCUAAGUCAUAUCUGUGUGAUGAGUGAACAAGGCAAACAGAAGUACAAGGUUUAAAAGGGACUGGCACAAGGAGUCAACCACAGUGAGAGUGAGAGCGAGACAUAUCUGCUGAUGGAACUACCCCUAAAAAAAUACUUGAUUUUGCUUGAAUUACAUCUGUUGUAUGUUUUUGUUUUCUGUAACGUUUUAUUUUUUUCUACAAGCCCCCCAAAGAAAUGAGUGUCAAUGUAUUAUUUUAUAUUUACAAUAUAUGGGAUUAAAGGUUUCCCAUA